AUGCAUAUCCUGGUACGACGCGAUGAGAUUCCCUCAGACCAACAACCACCCAGCCGCUGACAUUUGCGCACAGGUGACCAACGACGACGGGCCACCCUCCACCCAGUCGUCACCCUACAUCCUCCCCUUCGUCAACGCUCUGGAAGCAGCGGGCCACACCGUCUCCGUCAUCAUCCCGGACACCCAGCGAUCGUGGAUCGGAAAAGCGCACAUCGUAGGCCAAGAUGUGCGAACGACAUUCUACUGGCCGCCCAGCCAGACACCCGAAAUCCACCACGACGCCGUCUCCGAGCAGCCCGACAGCGGGAAACAGCCCUGGGUCCUCGUGAAUUCCACCCCGGCCGGCUGCGCCCAGCUCGGUCUCAGCCAUUUCUUCGCCGAUCGAGGGCCGCUCGACCUCGUGGUGUCGGGCCCCAAUUAUGGCCGCAAUACCACUGCCGUCUUCGCCUUGUCCUCGGGCACCCUGGGCGCCGCGUUGGAAGCGAGCGUGUGCGGUCACCGAGCCAUUGCCCUCUCCUUCGCCUUCUUCGACCGGAACCACGAUCCCGUCAUCAUCGCGGAGAGCUGCAAGCAGGCAAUCCGAGUGUGCGAAUAUCUCGCCAAAUCGGCCCCGUGGGACCCUGCACAGUUAUACUCGGUCAACGUUCCGGUCCAAAAGGGCGUGAUGGAGUCGAAAGUUCGCUGGACGAAGAUGCUUCAGAAUCAGUGGAAGAAGGGGGCUUGUUUCCAGGAGCUCCCGAAUUCGGCGGCGGUGGAUGAUCCCGCGACCGAGGAGGCAGAGUUGAGGAGACAGGAAUGUCGUGCUGGUGGUGGUGGUGGGGGUGGGGAAGAAGGUAGUGGGAAUGGUACGCCAGCGGAUCCGUGGAGGCCUAGGCAUUUCAAGUGGGCGCCGAGAUUCACGGAUGUCUAUGAGAGUGUGGAGAAGAAUGGGCCCGGGAGCGAUGGGUGGGCGGUGAAAGAAGGGGAGACAUCCAUCACGGCGUUGAAAGCGAAUUUCAUGCAUGCUGAGGGAUUUGAGGGUGAGGUGAAGCUUUGA